AUGAGGAUGUCGGGACUUUAUUUGCUGCUGUCCGUGUUUUCCUGCCUGCUGCGGAAUGGAUCGGUCGAAGUUCCCACAUAUUGGGCUGCAUUCGAAGGGCAGCGAUAUGGAAACAUCUCAGAAGAAAUGAAUGGGGUUGAUUUUUCGGACUGCAGCAUGUCAUGCAUGAAGCACAACAAAUCUCAUCCUUGUCAUGCAUUCAACUUCAGGGAAGCAGAUGGAUCUUGCCAGUUGAUCCGCAAAAGCAAGAGCCAUAUUGUCAAAUCUGAAGGAUACCAGGCAUAUGUUCAAUUCUUGUGCCUGACGGACUACCCAAAGAUACAGAAUGCUCAGGAAACUUUCCAAGGUUGGAAUGGUGCAUAUCCUGCCCCACAGGGGGGUCAGGUGGUAUACAAAUGCAAUCACCCACGGGGAUUCACUGACGGCCACGAGGUACACAUGGCGACCUGCGGGUCCAUGCGACCUGACACAUGGUGCACCACAUUCGCUGACAAAAAGACUACAAUCCUCUGCCCACCCCCACGGUCAUGCGUGAGUGAACAUCCAAAGAUAGAGAAUAUGUCUGCGAACGUGACCUACAAGGACUGGGAUGGGAAAUACCCUGCUCCUCCAGGUGCAACCGUCAUAUUCAGCUGUCCUGCAAGGUUCAAUGACGGGUCCUUCGAACACAAUGCUACUUGCUCUUUGCUGCAUGAUCAUGAUUGGGACACUUCCUUUCAGAACAAGGAUGUGCAAUGUCCACCGGCUGUAUAUCCUGACUGCCGUCUGUCGGAGAGUGGGAAGGAGUACAUCGGUACCACGAACGUGACAGAUUCAGGGAAAUCAUGCCUCAGGAUUCAAUGGAGUCUUGUCUUUCGAGGAGCACUUCUUGAACCAGGACCCGUCCUGGCACGAGAACUUCUGCCGGAACCCGACAAAGAUGGCUAG